AUUAUAUUUUAAAACCAGAUGGAGUGUUUGUUGGUGCAAUGUUUGGAGGCGACACACUCUAUGAACUUCGGUGUUCAUUACAGUUAGCAGAAACGGAAAGGGAAGGAGGAUUUGCUCCACACGUUUCUCCUUUCACUGCUGUCAAUGACCUAGGACACCUGCUUGGGAGAGCUGGUUUUAAUACACUGACUGUGGAUACUGAUGAAAUUCAAGUUAAUUAUCCUGGGAUGUUUGAAUUAAUGGAAGAUUUACAAGGUAUGGGUGAGAGUAACUGUUCUUGGAAUAGAAAAGCCUUGCUGCACCGAGACACGAUGCUGGCAGCCUCAGCGGUGUACAGAGAAAUGUAUAGAAAUGAUGAUGGAUCAGUACCUGCCACAUAUCAGAUCUAUUACAUGAUAGGAUGGAAAUACCAUGAUUCACAGGCAAGACCAGCUGAAAGAGGUUCCGCAACAGUGUCAUUUGGAGACCUAGGAAAAAUAAGCAAUCUUAUGUCACAGGAGAAAAAAUCACAAUAAAUAUUUUAUUCAGUGUUAAUGUAGUCCAGAAUUUUCAUCAGAAAUAGGUAGCUUUCACAUCUAAAAUUAUUAUAUUUUGAAGCAAGGAGCAAUCCAUAAGCUAUUUACUGACAGGCUUUUCAAAUAAUUAGAAUAGCCCAAUACCACAUCUAUAUUUAGUAACCAUUUCAAUUUCACAUUGUUUCUGUUUUCAUAAGAAUGCUGUUAUCUAGUGAUUUGGGUUUCUUAUUUGUAGAUUCUGCCUAAAAGCAAUGAAAAUAUUUCCCUGAAAAAUCCACAAAUAUGUUAACAUAUAAAUGCCUGACUUGAUGGGAAAACAUUACUCAUGCUGACAUUUUGUACCUUUUUCUCCUUCUGGUCUUUUGUUAUUUCUGUGAGAGGACCGCAGCAGUGGAAAUGAGGGGAGGAACAAGUUGGUAGGUUCUUUAGAGUUCUGGCUCAUCUAGAGUGAAAACAGACUUUUUGUAAUGACUACUGUAAGGUACUGAAGGCAAAAUUAUUUGUCACACUGUCAUCAUCUUUGCCUUGAAGAGGAACAGAGGAUUAUGUAAUUUCUCCAGAGCUAUUCUGUAGUUUUGGACUUGAGAACAUGUAUCUUUAUUGAAUCCCUGCUCAUCUCUCUUCUUAAAGCAUUGGCAUUCUGAUCUUAUUUCUUGACCGCCAUGGUUUUAUGCCCCACCCUACCUUAGGGGAGAAGAAAAUAUUUUAAAGAAUUACAGAGGCAAAAAUCACGUGUCAAAGUCUCUGCACAGUGAUUAAAUGUGCUAUUUAUUGUUAGGCAUUUCUUUGUAAUUUCAAGCCUUUAGCACUAUUAUCCUAAUCCCCGUUUAUCAUACCAUUGUCAUCUAGUAGGGUUCAAAAUUAUUUGGAAACCGUCCAGCUCAGACAGCUUAGAACAGGUGAGAAGAAGAUGGAUGGAUGAUAGGCAGGAAGCAGGGACAAAGCUGGGAAGUGAAAGAGCGAGCGCUACGUCUGUUUCUCCAGUAGUGGUGACGUAUGUGCUGUCCUUUUCCUUUAACCUGGGCUGGCCCUCCUCCCCCUUAGCCUGGGUCAUUAGGAUAGUGUUGCCUCUUUCCUCAGUCCCUCUCUUCUGCCUUCCUCCCCUCCUUCCACCGCACUAGCACCAAGCUCUUCGUGGGAAGGUUGUAUCUUACCCCAUGCAGAGCAUGGUACUUUGCACAUAGUAGACACUCAGUUCCAGUUUGAAUUGAAUUAAACCAUCAAUUAAAUCAUGUUUUCGUGAAAAAUAUGUCAUUUCAAAGUCUAAGUUAUAGUUAAAAACCAAGAUUUUGUAGGAGAAAAAAAAAUUACCAUUCUUAUUCUCUUCAGUUGGGAAAAUCAUUGAUAUUUGAAAUUGGGAUACUCUUGGAAACUUUUUUGUUUUGUUUUUACACAAAGUAAAAUAAAGUACCUAUGAAGUAAAA